GUUAUCAGUUAAUUCCUGACCAAUUAGAAAAACAAUAGAAAAAAUAUAAUGAAUAGAUCUAGAAAUGGGAAACUUCCCUGAUAUUGAUGGUACUGUAUAUUGCCAAAGGUUUCAGGAAGUACUUCUGCUCAUAUCUGAGCUUUCAACUGGUGUUUGAAAUAGAGAUCUUCCCAAAGACAAAAACAUGGCAUUGGAACUGGUGGGUGGAGCUUUUCUCUCUGCUUCACUUCAGGUAUUGUUCGAGAGGAUGGCUUCUCUAGAGAUCGUUGACUUCAUCAGGGGAAAGAAACUCAAUGAAAAGCUGCUGAGGAAGAUGAAGAUUAUGUUGUUGUCAGCUGAUUCAGUGCUCAAUGAUGCUGAGAAGAAGCAGAUCAGCAACCCAUAUGUGAGGGAGUGGCUUGGUCAUCUCCAGGAAGCAAUCUAUGAUGCCGAGGACUUGUUGCAAGAGAUCAAUACCGAAGCUCUGCGAUGCAAGAUAGAAGAAGGUUUUGAUGAACAAGGAAGCAGCUCAGGUGGUCAUCAGGUACUGAACCUCAUCUCAACUACCUUUACUACUACAUUUAAUGAGCAAGUAGAACCAAAGAUGACAGAGAUACUUGAUAGAUUACAAUUUAUUUUGAAACAAAAAGAUAAUCUUGGAUUGAGAGGAGGUGAUACUGUUAAAAAUAGAUCUUUAGGAAGACUACCAACAACUUCUUUUGUAGAAGAAUCUAGUGUUUAUGGCAGAGAUGAGGACAAAGAAGCCAUCAUUAAGUUGCUGCUAGAAAAUGAUCACUGUAGGGGAAACAACAUGUCUGUGAUUCCCAUAGUAGGCAUGGGUGGGAUUGGAAAGACCACCCUUGCUCAAAUUGUUUAUAAUGAUGAGAGGGUGAAGGAAUGUUUUGAAUUCAAAGCAUGGGUUUCUGUAUCAAAUGAAUUUGAUAUUUUCAAAAUAACAAAAACAGUUGCAUAUAGAGUGAUUGGCCAUACAUUUAAGGAUGACCAGGACUUGGAUUUAGUUCAAUUGGAAUUAAAUAAGGCAUUGAAAGGAAAAAAGUUUUUCCUUGUUCUUGAUGAUGUUUGGAAUGAGGAUUACCAACAGUGGGAAGAGGUCAAGAAGCCUUUUGAAUGUGGAGCAUUUGGAAGCAAAAUUAUUGUGACAACACGCAAUGAAAGUGUUGCAUCUGUGAUGCAUGAUAGCAUCCCAGUAUAUCAUUUACGAACAAUGUGUGAUGAGAACUGCUGGAAGAUAUUUGUAAAGCAUGCAUUUAACAGUGUAGAUCCUUGUGCCUAUCCGGAAUUGGAAGAAAUUGGUAGACAAAUAGUCAAAAAGUGCCAAGGUCUUCCUCUAGCAGUGAAGUCACUUGGUAGUCUUUUGCGUUCUCAACUAAAUCCAGAAGAAUGGAAGAAUAUACUGAAAAGUGAUAUGUGGGAGUUGCCAACAGUGAAAAACAAUAUUCUUCCAGCUUUAUGGUUGAGUUAUCAUUAUCUACCUAUGCAUCUUAAACGAUGUUUUGCUUACUGCUCGGUGUUCCCAAAGAACUAUAAAAUUGACAAAGAAAAUUUAAUCAAGUUGUGGAUGGCAGAAGAUCUGCUGAAACCCCAAAAGAAGAAGAGAAUAGAACAAGUUGGAGAAGAGGCCAUUAAUGAGUUGUUAUCAAGAUCACUAUUUCGACAAGUAUUAAGAGAAUCUUGGUUCAAAAAAUCACCAAUUUGCUAUACCAUGCAUGAUCUUGUACAUGAUUUAGCCACAUUUGUAGCCAGAGAAUUUUGCUUAAGCUUGGAUGUUAGCAGCACAAAUAAGUUUCUCAACAAAGUUCGUCAUCUAUCACAUGAGAAAGAAGAAAAGUAUGACUUGAAGAAAUACGAAUAUUUAUCAACGGCUGAGAGUUUGAGAACUUUCUUCUUUCCAUCACAAUGUUAUGGCGUGAUACAAUUGCAUUUGCAAAACCUAGUGGCCAAGUCAUUGCCAGCAUUAACAUGCUUAAGGGUGUUAUCUUGGAAUGGAAGUUCUAUCACAGAGUUGCCUGAUUCCAUUGGGAAUUUAAAGCUUUUAAGGUAUUUAAAUUUAAGUGGGACUAAAAUUAAAGAGAUUCCCACUUUCCUUUGUACUCUGUACAAUUUGCAAACUCUAAUUUUGUCACAUUGUAGAGAACUGAAGUUGUUGCCAGCUGACAUGGGAAGGCUGAUCAACUUGCGCCAUCUUGACCUUGUGGACACAAACUUAGAAAGGAUGCCUAUAGAAAUUGGUAAUUUGAAAGACUUGCAAACAAUGACUAAUUUUGUUGUGGGAAAAUAUUGUGGCUAUACCAUGGAGUUAUUAAGAUAUCUUCAACAUUUGCAUGGAAAACUUUGUUUCUCAGAACUAAACAACAUAUUCAAGGUUGAAGAUGUGUUAAUGGCCAAAUUGACGGACAAGAAGUGCCUUACUGAAUUAGAGUUUUCUUGGGGCUUAAAUGGUUUUGAUAAUUACGGAAUGCAUAAAGCAGUACUUAAUGGGCUGGAACCUCACACAAGCUUGAAGUUACUCAAAAUUCAAAACUACAGUGGUGAACAGUUUCCAAAAUGGUUGGGAGAUCCUUCAUUUCGUAAUUUAGAAGAGAUACAACUUGAAGGAUGUGGGGAAUGUAGCAUUUUGCCACCUCUCGGGCAACUACCUUUUCUCAAACAUCUAAGUGUUACAGGAUUUGAUGAAUUGGUUAAAAUAAGUGAUGAGUUUUACUGCAGUGGUUGUUCAAUUUCAGCCAGGCCAUUUAGAUGUCUUGAAUUCUUAAAAUUUUAUGAUCUGCGCAAGUGGGAGGAGUGGUCACUUAUUGAUUCUUUCCUUGAUCUUAAGAAGCUUGUUUUGGGAUAUUGUCCGAAAUUAACUGCAUGCAUAUGUUUACCAAAUACCAUACAACAAGUCCACAUAGAAGAAUGCAGAAAUCUAGUAUUGGCAGGAAUAAUGCAGCACUGUCAUGGCAACCUUCAACGGUUGGAAAUUAGUAAGAGUUGUGAUAAUAUAAACUCCAUUGUUUUGGACUACUUCCCUAUGCUUGAAGUGCUUAGUCUGGAAUCUUGUGAGAAUCUGGAGUCACUUACAUGUUCAGAACAACCUCACCCACCUAUGCUGCCCUUUCGGACAAGGUUCCAACUAAAAGAUUGCCCAAAGUUUGUAUCAUUUCCCCAUGGUGGACUUCAUGCUCCCAAUCUGGAAGAUUUUCGCAUUGAAGAUUGCAACAUGUUAAGGUCACUGCCUGGACACAUGAACACCCUUCUUCCAUCUCUUUGCUUGUUGAGUAUAUCGAAUUGUCCAGAGCUGGAGUCAUUUCCAGAAUGUGGAUUGCCUUCAAAAUUAGAACAUCUUGAAAUUUCAUGUUGCAAUAAGCUAUUCUCCAACCGCAUGCUAUGGAAUCUUCAAACACUCACUUGUUUUCAUUCCAUACAAAUAUCCAACAUGGAUGAACAUGUGUUGGAUUCAUUUCCAGAGGAGGGGCUGCUGCCAACCUCUCUUAAUUGUCUCACAAUCAACUCGCUUCCACACCUUAAAGCUUUAAAUGGAAAUGCCUUUCAACAACUCUCCUCCCUUAAACGGUUGGGAAUUUCUCGUUGCCAAGUGCUCCAGUGCUUGCCAGAAGGACUUCCUCCAUCUCUUUCUGUUUUGACAAUCUAUGAUUGUCCUUUGCUUAAACAACGGUGCCAGAGAUAUAUUGGAGAAGACUGGCCCAAGAUCUCCCACAUUGCUCACAUAAAGAUGGAUUAUAGUUGCAUGUGAUGAUCAUUGAGCAUCAAGGCGUCAACUUCUCUUUUGCUUCUCCUACUUUCUCAUGGUUCCAUAUUUAUACCACUCCAUGAAUGUGAUGCAAGUUCUCUGGUUGAUCUUUUUCCUUAGAUUUGAUUGUUGGGGGAGCUAUCUGUCUUAGAUUUGAUUGUUGGGGGAGCUAUCUGUUCUUCCUAAGAUUGUUUUCUGUUACACUUCAUGGAUAGUUUGUUUGGAUGGAUGGAAAGGGAUGUUAAAUUAAAUGCUUGAAUUUCUCUGUUUUCUUCCAAUUUCAAUCUCGGGACUGUAUGAAAUGAUGCUGGUGGUUUGUUUUGGAUGCUUUUUUCUGCCUCCAAUAUGAAAGAGCUUGACAUCAUUGGCUGCUAGAGGUUGAGUCUCUGCCUGAACAGAUGCACAUGCAUGCAAUUAAACUCUCUCCUCUUACACACUUAAAAAUUAGGCCCUUCAAUGAAGUUCUGGAUUCAUUUUGCAGAGGAGGACAGGAUGGCCUCAGAACACCUUACCUCACUCGAAAAGUUGUAUAUAUACAUGUAUACAAAGUAUAUGUUACCUUUUGUAUGAUGGAGGAGGAUUGCCUACCCCAAAACAUGAAAAAGGUUUAUAAGGCUCUUCAAAUGCAGAAACGCCCAUCAAAUCCUUAUUCUCCUCAAAAAAUUUUGAGAUCUUUCAUUGCAGUGAGCUCCAAAGCAGGUGAAAGCUAGAAGAAAGGACAGCCCAUUUCUCCUUCUCAUUUGGUUGUUUUGCUAAAUGAUUUGCUAGAGAUUGCCUCUAUUUUCUCAUGUAUAUUAUGAGGCUGAAAUAGAUUUCUUAUCCAAACCAUAUAGAGCAACAGACUAUAUAUUAGGCAAGGACCAAGAUGUAUUUAACUAUUAAAUGCAAGGGGACAUUUGGCCCUAAUGCCAGCUGUUAAUUGGACUACUCAAGGCAUUGCAGCGCCAUCUGGAUCUCUACUUUGCUUUUUCUUU